AUGUCCAGUGCACAAACAUUGGAGCUCACGGAUUCCCUGUCGCUGAUCCUCCUUUGCUCGUCGUUGACCCCUGGGCUCCCGCCCCGAGCCCAGGCCCAGCAGCCCAGAACAGUUUGGAAAAGUGUGAAUCAUUUCUGCAAUGGUAUUGAUGCUAACAGCAGAUCAUCAGAUGUAUUUGGUGAUGCUUUGGUCAAUUGUAAUUCAUUCUUCAGUCCUUAUAAAGUACAGGUACCUCAAUAUGAAGAAAAUAUUGAUUGGCAUCAGUCCUACACUACAUCGGUGUCAACCACUCCUGAUUCUUCAUUGUUUUAUGUUCCUUGGUCAACAUCUGGAGACGACUAUCAGCACUCUGCUGGAUCACAGAGUAAUCCUAACCAGUCACAGGAUGAAAUGAAUGAGUUUGGGAGUGCUGCAGACCUGUAUAAACUUGUUUCUGACAUUCUGGAAGAACCUGAUGAGCCACAGUCGUUAUUUGUUGAAGGAAAUGCAUCUUCUCACUUGUUAAGAUCAAGAAUGUCUUCCACAACUAGCAGAUUUACAGAACAUCUUGAUUACUCGUCUGAGUCUGACAAGCCUGUAGAUGCAUCAUAUGCACUACCUGUCUUUAAUGUAAACGAAUUCAUAGAAACUUCUGACAGACAGCAGUAUCAGCAGGAUAAUCAUUUAGUCCCUCAGCGAAAUAUAAACAUGGAAGAUGUUUUACGAUUUGAUGGCUUGGCUCUCACAGAGUUAUGGCCGUUGCCUUCAAAAAAAGACACUCCAGAUCGCAAACCCUUUCAGCUCACCGAUACCACUAAGCUGAACUUUCAAGAGUUCCCUUAUGUGAAGAAUUAUACUAAACUUCAAGUUGGAUUACCAGUUAGAGAACCAGGAACAGAGAUGUACAUAAGCGACUUUGAGACGACCUUUGAAAAGCAACGUUCUAACUAUGAUCACUUUUCACAGCAGUCUGAAUAUGUUCGGCCAUUAAAUGCAUUACCAGUAUCUGUAUAUUCUGGAGAGUCUUACCAAGAAGGGCAAUCCUGGACAAACUUGGCUACUUCUACAAACGUUUGUAGUUCGGAAACUAAUACUGCUGCUUUAUUUGGGAAGCCAGAUAGUUCAGCAGACCUUGAGAAUCAGACAUCUGUCUCUAAACCAUCUAUUCACCCUUACUACCUACCUUCUCAUCAGUUUUCCAUGCCUUUUCCUCAAAAUAAUGCUUAUUUCCAGAGGUCUACAGGGAUUUAUAAUCAGGAUAACUACACCAAGGUGCCCAGUACUCAAUUCAUCUAUAAUAUAGAAAGGGCUGAGCCAGGUACACACAUUGAAGGACAAAACAAAGCUAGUGGAGAAAUGUAUUUUGAGUCACCCAUUGAGAAAAUUUGUCAAAAUGGAAAGCAAGCAAAUGAAAAUUCAUCUCAGCAAUAUUUUGCAAAUAAAUAUCCCAGCUAUCAAACUAAACAGCAAAGUUGCCAUGAUUUGAAUGAGGACAUGGAAAAAAAUGAUGAAUUUUCACAAAAUAUGUACAGAGAAUUUCUAACUGCUCAGUCUUAUUAUAAUAAUCACAACUCUCAACAAGGAGCUCAAGACACCAACGAUGUAGCAAAUUAUAUAACUCGUUCUUCAGCUGAUUUUUCAAGUCCCUUUAUGAUGGGUGACUUCAGGCAGAACCAUAUUUCCCAACGUGGUCUACUUGGUGUUGCUUCAGGAAGUAAUCUUCAGUUUGAUCACCCUGCAGUUUCAUUAAUGGAUCGCACUGAGUUAAUUUCUUAUGAAGAGCUUAGUUAUCCCGAUCCUUAUCACACUAAUAUGUUUUAUGGAGACGUCCCCGUUUAUGGAUUUGUACCACCUUGUGGAUUUCCAAGACCUAUGAAAAAUCGUAGCAACUUAGCCAAUGAACUUCAUUUUGGAUUAGAAGAGGGUUAUGAACAAUGGAGGUCUUUGGAAAAAGAACGAAGAAAGACUGAAGCAGCACUUGCCCGGAGCCACCCAGGAAAGAGAGUGACCAGUACAAAUAACACACCUAUUCCCAGGCUUCCUUCAAACCCUUCCCGGGUUGACCGUUUGAUUGUUGAUCAACUACGUGAGCAAGCAAGAGUUGUGGCAUUGCUCAGCAAAAUGGAACGCGUCCGCAGUUCUCCUUUUCAUGCGAAUAUUUCUACAGCUAUUGCCAGAUAUCAAAAGGCUAUUCAUAUUGCCCAAGCUCGUAGGAAGGAAGAAAUAGUGAAUCAACAAAGGCAGGGAGCAUCAAGGUAUCAGGAUGAUCAAGACAUUUUUUCUUUGGCCAUUGCAAUCAAAGAAAUGGCUAUAGCUACACGGAGAGCAAGGACUGCUUUAUGGUGUGCCUUCCAGAUGACUUUACCAAAACAGCGAAAUGCCAAACCAAAUCGCCGAAGUGAACAUGACAGAGAAUGA